GCAACCUUCCUAGCUGGAUCACUGUUCAGUAGCCGGACAUGGAAUCUGCAUCCAGACAUUACAUCAGAUGGCAGAGGUGUCAACCAUGACUGUGACCACAAGCGCAAACUGGUGGAAACAAAUACAAGAGAUAUCAUGGGAGAAGUGAAGAAGACUCAUGUAGCUAUCCAGUCACUUGAGAAAACAAUAUCAGCAUUAGAGAUGGAGCUAGCUGUCUCAAGAACGAGUAGAAGUGGAAGCAAGACAACAGCAGAAGGAUCUGAUAGCCUUAAAAAGGCAUUUGUUGUCAUAGGAAUCAACACAGCAUUUAGCAGCCGAAAAAGGCGUGACUCUCUCCGUGAAACAUGGAUGCCCAAAGGAGAUGAGCUAAAGAAAGUAGAAAAAGAGAAGGGGAUAAUCUUACGGUUCGUGAUAGGACACAGUGCCACCCCAGGAGGAGUUCUUGAUAGAGCAAUUGAUGAUGAGGAAGCUGAAUAUAAAGACUUCCUAAGGCUUAAUCAUGUGGAAGGAUAUCACGAGCUCUCCACAAAGACGCGCAUAUAUUUCUCCACUGCUUUCUCCAUCUGGGAUGCAGAGUUCUAUGUGAAGGUCGAUGAUGAUGUCCAUCUCAAUCUGGGAACACUAGCCACCACUCUAGCAAGGCACAGGUCAAAGCCUAGAGUCUACAUCGGCUGCAUGAAAUCGGGACCAGUUCUUUCCCGGAAAGGAGUGAAGUAUCACGAACCUGAGUUUUGGAAAUUCGGAGAAGAAGGGAAUAAGUAUUUCAGGCAUGCCACUGGCCAGAUAUAUGCCAUCUCCAAGGACCUUGCUGCCUACAUAUCCAUAAACUCGGGAAUCUUGCAUAGAUAUGCCAAUGAGGAUGUGUCUUUAGGGGCAUGGCUCAUUGGUUUGGAAGUGGAGCAUGUGGACGAAAGAUCAAUGUGUUGUGGCACUUCCCCAGAUGAAAUGUCAGACUGUGAAUGGAGAGCAAAGGCAGGGAAUGUGUGUGUGGCAUCAUUUGACUGGUCAUGCAGCGGGAUUUGUAAAUCAGUGGAAAGGAUGAAACAGGUGCAUCAUUCAUGCGGGGAAGGUGAAGGAGCUGUUUGGAGUAUUAAUAUGUAAUAAUGAGUUUAAAAUUUAUAGCACUCAUCGUCAAGUAAUACUGAAAGAAAUGAGGGGCAGAUUCUGAGAGGAGGAGCUUAUUAUAUUACAGUUUCAAUAAUGCUUACAUUUCUGUACUUUUUCUUUUUGACAGAAUUUUGAUUUUGUCAUUGGUUCAGAAAAGAAGGUUACCAUCUAGCCUAGUCCAAUAAAUUUAAACAUUGUUAGUGAUGUCUUCACAGCUUAAGACAGAAGAAAGACUUGGAAUUAAAAAAAAUUAUGACUGCAAGAUUGACUUAGUUCUUCAACAGAGCUUUCUUUGUGACAUAAAACCAAUUGUCUCCUUAGUCCUUACAAAUGUUCUUUCUUGAAUUGCUGCAACUUUAUUCAAAGUAUAUUCUGACAAUAGUAGGAUAAGUAAAAAAAAUGGUAAAAUGUUCUUAUAUUCUCAUGGGAAUGCAGCACUCCUUCCAUCCCAUAUAAAGAAUCCGCAUUCAUACUUUUAGACGGCUAUGCAUAUAACCCUACCGCCGGGUAAUAUCUCGCUUCCUAACCCCCAUUACUGAAUGGGUAAUUAUUAAUCAAAUCGUAACCAUCCCAACAGGUAAUGAGUAUAACCACAGAUAACCAUUUACUUAUAUGAGCCAUGAAUGCAUAAAACUGUAACCUCAUGUACCUAAUCAAUGCGGUAUUUCCCCAUUACUGAAUGCAUAAAACUGUAACCUCAUGUACCUAGUCAAUGCGGUAUUUCCCGUUUCAACGGGUGCCGUUUGGGGUGGCCUAUCCAUUCUAUCAGUCACAAUAGACAAUUGCCAUCCCUACCUCCACCGACGGAGUAUUAUGGUAUGGAAAAUGCUAAAGGGACACAUGGUGUACAAAAAGUGUACACCAUAUAAAAGGCCCAAAAAAAUUCAUUUCCUUCUUUCCCCUCUCUCUCCACUCUCUCUUCCCCCCUCCCCCUUCUCUCUUUCAUCUUUACCCAACUCAUUCGAAUAUCUCACAAAAAAAUGAGAGAUCAUCUUCUCUUCUUCAUCUUCAGCUUCCCUUCUUCAUCCUCUUUUUCUUUACCUUUUUAUAUCAAUUGUUUUUUAAUUAUUUGCACAAAAUCAACUUAUUCAUCUUAUUUCAUCUAUUUUUAUUAUUUUUCAAUUUUUUUCAAAUUAAAUGUAUAUUGAUCACACAUACAACUACAUCAUUCAUUUGGAUAUAUAUAGAUAAUUAAAUUUUUCGUUCAUCCAGACAAUUGAAAUUCAUCACACCGACAAUUAAAGUUGAUCACACAGUAGAACGCACAACUAUUGUCUGUGAGGUAAAUAUUGUAUGUGCACACAGACAAAUAAUUGUCUGUGCACAUAUAUUGAUUGAUUUGCAAACUGGUGUCAGUGUCGGGCGGCUGUCAGUGUACUUUUUACAAAAAAGUAAAUGUCUGUGGACACAGACAACUCGUGUCUGUGCCCACAGACAAUUCGUGUCUGUGCCCACAGACAAUUCCGUAUCAAUUGUCUGUGACCGACAUUUUGUGCAAAUUGUGUACAACUUGUGUACCCCAGGGGCGGACCCAGGAAAUCCGUCUUGGGGGGUUCAAAAU